GACUCUAAUACAUUUUUGGUUAGAAAAGCGUAUGCCAUUGGUAAUGGCAAAAGGAUUGAUUGUUGUUAAUAGUGUAUUUCAGGGAAAUUAAAUUCAACAUUUUGGAUUGGAUUAAUUCAAUAUAAAUUUCAAUAUGAUGGAUGUAAAAGAUUCUGAAAGUUCAGAUGAUGAUCCAGAUUUUGAAAUUACUUUAGAACAUGAGUCAUCUGAUGUUUCCUUACCGUCAGAAUGUGAAGAAAGUAAUGAUACCAAAACUAAUGAUACACAUGAAAAAAAUCAUAAAAAAAGAAAGAAAGAUAUUACAAAUAAAAAAAAUGUAAUAGAUAAAAAACACAGCUGCACAAAAAAUAGCUUAGAUAGCAACGAUCUUAUAUUAUUUCCAAAAGAAGAAAAGGCAAGAGCAGAGUCACUGUGGCAAAAUUUUUUAAAGGACACAGCUACUUCGUCAAAAAAACAGUCACAUAACAGUACAACUAUCUUGUCUACAAAUAAUUUAGAAAUCAAUUCUAAUUCAAGUAAAGAAGUAAAUAAAAAACAGAUAAAAUAUAAUUCACUUAUUGCGAAUGCAGAUGAUACAAAUGCUAAUAUUGUUAUUGAAAAAAUAAGAAAUGACAAAUCUUCGCAGAUUCUAUCAAACAAAGAUAAAGAUAAAUUGGCAGCGUCAUCACAAUUACAUAUACAAGAAAAUAUUUACAAGAAACGAAAUAUUUCUAAUAUGUUAAGUAAUUUAAAAAAAACAACGAAAUUGACUACUUUAGAAAAAUCGAAACUUGAUUGGAAUAAAUUUAAAGAAGAGCAUAAUCUUGAAGAAGAAAUAUCUUGUUUUAAUCGUGGAAAAAGUGGAUACUUGGAAAGGCAAGAUUUUUUACAAAGAACGGAUUUAAAACAAUUUGAAAUUGAAAAAGAACUACGAAAUGUAGGAAAAAGAAAACAUGAUAAAGUAUUUCACACAUAAUACUCUUCAUGUUUCCAGUCCAUCGCAACAGUUCUUUAUAAAAUUAUAUCACUGAAAGUUAUAUUAAAUUAUAAUUUAAUCAUAUAA